ACGGGAACCAGGUAGUUGAAAAUAGCACAACACGCGGUUAUCGUUAUAUUCCCCUUCAUUGGUGUGCCUCUUCUGUUCCACAUUAUGGAGUUACCUCUGAUUCCCCGUGAGUCGGGUCAGUUUGUGGCAGAGCGAAGUCAGGAUGUGUUUGUGGAGGAGGAGGGAGUGCAGAGGGUGGCAGAGAUGCUCUACGACCUCAGACACAGUGAUGAUCUGACUGCCAGUGGAUGGAAGAAGGCAAAUCCAUUGGCCCCAGCGCCCACUUCUGACCAGGCUUUAAACUGGGUGUUUGUGGUCGACACCAUGAACUUCUCCUUUUGGCCAGAGAAGGAAACCCAGCAGUGCGAGGUGACCUAUAAAGGGACUACAUACACAGGCUACAUGACCCUGUGUGCCGCCAUCACCAGGGCCAUGGAGGAAGGUAUACCCAUCACCGAUCCCAAGUACUUCUCUCAGAUGACAGUGGAGGAGUUGGGACAUGUUCUUCGCUCUGACAAUGAAACGCCUAUGCCAAUGCUACAGGAGCGUCACCAGGUGCUGACUGAAGGCGGUCGCAUGCUGAUGGAACAUGGCGGAAGCUUCCGGAGCUUCAUCAGCCAAGCUGGGAACGACGCCCGAAGGAUGGUGGAGCUCAUCGUGGAAAAGAUUCCUUCCUACAGGGACCAGGCUAUAUAUGAGGGGAGGAGAAUCUCAUUCUACAAGCGAGCCCAGAUCUUAGUGGCAGAUUUCUGGGGCAUCAUGGACGCCAGAGGAGAGGGAGAAGUCAUUAACAUGGACUGGCUCACUAUGUUUGCAGAUUACAGGAUCCCUCAGGCCCUCGUACACCUCGGGGUGCUGCGAUACUCUGACACACUAAUGCAGUCAUUGAAGAAGGGUGAGAUUCUUCCGUCAGGGGACAGGAGAGAGGUUGAAAUCCGAGGUUGUUCAAUUUGGUCUGUGGAGCUGAUCAAAAACCGCCUCUGUAAACUCGUGCAGGAAAGAGACGGACAGACCUGCAACAUUAACUCUGCCAUCAUCGACUUCUACCUGUGGCCUUACGCCAAGCAGCACCACAAAGACAUGGCCCACAUUCCCAUACACCACACACGCAGUAUUUACUACUGACAUGUCAGCUGGCAGCCUUAUAUACAGUCAGUGUGUAGACUUGGCACUGGUGCCUCUCUCUGGGAAAAAGCCAACCCCGUCCCACUGCCAGAUGGGUUUCUGUCAGACGGGAUGGAAACAGGUGUUAUGCUUUAAUACAGUUUGUUUUUUUGUUGAUGUGAAACAUUUGCAAAUAAACCUGUGCAAGGUACAUCAGCAUACACUUAAACAAGUACAGAAUUAAAAUACUUUUAGAAGCUAU